AUGACUCAAUAUGGUACAAAUUAUAGUGCUAGCACGAUUGUCGCAACCUAUUUAUACUUGGCUUGGUUUGUUCUGUUGGCAAUGAUAUUUUUUGCAAGUGAAUUUUAUUACAAGAUUAAGAAUUUACAAUUUUUAUGGCCGACACGAACGUUACCAGAUACAAAUUUACGAAUUCAUAGUAGAAUUCCUGAAAAAGUUUAUGAAUUGCUUCCUGCUUAUACAUGGACAUGCCUUGUUGUCGCUGAAGGAUUGGUUUUUGAUAUUCAUACCUGGAUCAGAAUUCAUCCUGGUGGUCAAAAAAUUCUACGCAGAGUGAUUGGAACGGAUAUUACCAAUGAUUUCUUUUUUGAUCCAACAUUACAAAUUGUUAUCUCGAGAAAUUUUGAUAAAGAACAUGAAUUGUUACAUUCAACUACUACUAAUGAUACACAUAAUGAAAAAUAUUCAAAAGCUCAAUUGAAAAAUCAAAAAAAUCCUAAUUCAAAUAUUACGGGCUCUGUUGCAAGAUCAAUUGAUUUACUUAAUAGUGUGACCUUUAAAAAUACUCGAGUUGCAAUGCACAGACAUUCUAAAUUUGCAACUGCUAAAUUGGCCACAAUGGUUAUAGCGCGUAUUUCUGAUUAUGAUGAUGAAAAUGUUUUUUCAAAACCAGCUGUUGAUGGGAUAGUACCAUAUUCAGCACCUAAUAAAUUAAGAAUUUCACCCGAAAUAUUUAGAAGAUAUAUUCUUACAAAUAUUGAAGAUCUUACUAGAUAUGAUUCUGAAAAUCCAGUAAAGAAAUUCACAUUUCAAGUUAUUCAUCCAUAUGAAAAUUUACCCGAAAUUUUACCUGGAGAUUAUAUCGAAAUCAUGAGUUAUGCAAAUAAAACAACUAUUGUCAGACCAUAUACGUUACUCAAAGGUCCUUCUGAUAAUACUUUCUCGAUAAUUGUUAAAAUCUAUAAAGAUGGUGUUAUGUCUCAACAUUUGAAUAAACAAUUAAGAAAUUUUGAGAUUGCAGUCCGAGGCCCAUUUGAUGUUUCGGAACGAAUUGAACAACAUCCUAUAACGAAUUCUGAUUUAACGGGUUUACGACGUAGAUUACGUCAUAGCGUUAGUUCAAAAUUAUUUCCAAAGUCCAAUACAGCAUACAGUGGAUAUGGAAGCGUAUUGUCCAGUGAUGAACAUUCUCAAACUCCAUCUAGAGUUUUAUUAAAUCAAUCUAGAGAAGAUAAAUGUUGGGACUGCCUUUUCCUUGUUUGUGGUGGUACAGGCAUAACACCUGCACUUCAAUUGAUUCAAUAUCAUUUAGAUCAGAAAGAUUCGGAUUUCCGUAUUCAUUUACUCUCAGCUAAUCAUUCGAAUGCUGAUAUUAUUAGUCAUAAAUAUCUUUCAUAUCUCCAAGAUAACAGUAAUGGAAAAUUUACUGUAGAGUUUAUUAUAUCAAGAGCACCACCGACAUGGAUUGGUUAUACAGGAACUAUUGAUGACACUUUAUUAUACGAUUGGAUUAGUAAAAAUUACGAAUUUAAACAACCACCCAAAAUUCCUGAAAGGCCAAAUAUUAUUCAAUUACAGUCAAAUCAACCAUUUAGUCCUAUACAAUCUGAAGAUAUUGAUGAUUCUAAUAUUAAUCAAUCAGAUGAUUAUAUAGUUAAUAUGUCAUCAUCAUCUCAAGUUCAACUUGGAAGUCCAAUAUCUGCGUCACCACCUAUGUCACCAAUUUAUGAUUUAAAAAUGCCUGUUUAUGCACCAACAAGUGCAAUGUUAAUGCUUAAUGAAAGGCAUGAAUUUAUGAAACAAUUAGCUAAUGACACUUCACAAGAAGUAAGAGUAAUUGUUUGUGGUCCUCUUCCUAUGAUGGAUAGCGUUAGAUUAUCUUUAAACAAAAUUGGAUUCCCUGAAGAAAAGUCUAUAUUUAUCGUUUAA